AUGGUGUCUGUAGUGGAGCUGCUGUCCCUUGUGCUGGUGUCACUGCUUUGGGGCUGCACUAACCCGCUCCUGAAGAGAGGCACUAGGGGGAUCGAGGCUGUGGCCCGGCCCAGCAGAGUGGCCCAGCUUUUGGCAGAGUUCAAGUUUCUCCUGCUCAACCUCAGUUAUAUCGUGCCAUUCCUCCUGAACCAAAGUGGCUCUGUGAUCUACUACUACACUUUGUCAACAACUGAGCUCUCUCUUGCUGUUCCUGUCACAAACUCUUUGACUUUUCUCUGCACAUUAAUCACUGGAAAGUUACUGGGUGAAGAAUUCGGAGGAAAAUAUGCUGUUGCCGGGAUGUUUCUCACCACGGCUGGACUCACUCUGUGCGUCAUGAGUUCAAUGGAUCCAUCAAACCAAAGGAAGACGCACGUUUAG